UCAAUUUGGAAAUUUCUGAUAAGAAUUUGAAUUACAAAGUUGAAAGUUUUUGAAAUCGUUGAAUCUUUCGUAGUUUUGAGUAAUUUUCACUCUAAUUUUUCGUGCAAAUAACGUAUGAAGGAUAAAGGUAUCUCGUGCAUUUCUGCUUGCAAUAUUCACCCGGUUUCCUAUCUCUGAUGGCUUAAAAUUUUGAAACGCAAUAAAGCUUACAGAAUAUUGACCGAAAACCUUCGAGUAAUAAUAUUUUAAAGAUAGCUGAAAUUGACUAUGAAUGUUUGAGUGAUUUGUUACUCACAAUACACCAUGUUUUCAUCGAGUAUCAAGCUGCUGAUGCGUACGCAAUGUCGUCGUUCUCUUUAUGCAAUUUCAUUUUCAGCACGAGAACAGCAUUUGUUACAAAUAGAACCAAAUUUUGUGAAAUGUGCGGUAGGUGCUAUCAGAUUUGCAUCAAAAACACGGAAUCCUUUCGCAGUAGUUGAACCUAAAGAUGCUGCCGAAGAAGCCGAAAAGAAAAUCCGUCGGAAAACUCCAGAAGUACCCAAGAUUACGUUACUCGAUACUAAAGAAAGUAUGUCGAUAUGUACGUUAGAAGAGGCUGAAAAAAUAGCUGUAGGACGUAAAUUGCGGUUAGUUAAAAUCAUAGAUAUGGAUAUACGUACGAAACGUCCGAUAUAUAAGUUGAUGACGGAAGCGCAAUAUUUAGAAGAAGAACUUUCUGAGAAAAAGAGGGCCAAAGAUAAGAAAAGCGGUUCAGUUAAAGGAGAGAAGAUACUCAUGAUGUCUUGUCGUAUAACGGAGAAUGAUUUACUUAUGAAAAUGCACAAUGCGGAGAAAUGGCUUAGAAAAAAUUUUGAAGUUCGGGUGACAAUUUCAGGACCCGAUAAAUCUUUGGAAGAACAGGAAAAUGUAUUCGCAGAAUUUGAAAAACGGUUCAAAGAGAAAGCGAAAUUUGUCCAAAAACGUACUAAAGGAGGUGACCUUAAAUUUCAAUUAAUGCCUUUGAAAGAUGCUUUAAAUGAAGAUGUCGGAAAGAAACGAAGUACACAGAAAGUGAUUCAAGUUGAAGAUGAUGAUGAGGAAUUGAACGAAGAGGUAGAAAUCAAUAAAUCAGAAGAAGCAGAGAUUCAUAAAUCAGGAGAAUCAUCAUCUGAGUCAACUAAACAUAAUAUAUUGUCAAAACUUUAGAUUUUUAAUAAAUGAAUGUGAUAUGGUUUCAAAA